AUGCCCGUAUACCCCCCCCCCAACAAAAAAAUGUCAACAAUUUUUCCAAUCGUUUUAGAGCGUGUAGAGGUGGGAGCAACCAUAUACACAAAUGAACAUAAAUCUUAUUGUAAGCUGAAUAAUUUAGUAUAUGUUCAUGAUUCAGUAUGUCACAGGCGUGAAUAUGUAAACCAGCAAACAGGGGUUAGUACUCGGGGUGUAGAUUCUUUCAACAAUGAAUUAAAUCCGGAUUUAAAAAAGAAGGGGUGUUGCUACAACAAAAGACAAGAAUUUUUAAAUGAGUUUAUGUGGCCUUUUAAUAAUUCAGAAAAUCGGAUUGUAUAA